AUGCUUUUCCGCCUCAGCGGUGGUCGCCUGCUGGAAUUCGCGACCUAUGGCACACCCCUCGCGUCCUCCCGCUCCGCAAACCGCGACUGCAUCAACAUCGUGUACCACCACGGUUGGCCAAGCUGCCGGCACGAGGCGGCGAUGCUGCAACCCCACGCUCUGCAGCUGGGGUUGCGGCUGCUGGCCAUCAAUCGCCCGGGUAUCGGGCGAACCACUUUAGGCCGCCCGGGUCCGUACAGCUUCCAGUCUAUCGUGGACGAUGUACGGCAGCUGCUAGAUGGACUCGGUCUGGACAAGGUGGCCUUCAUGGGGACGAGCGGGGGUGGGCCCUACGCCUGCGCAUGUGCCUGUCUGCUGCCCGAACGCACCUCCGCGGUGGUUCUGAUGGCCAGCAUGGCUCCCACCCGGGGCACACCGGGACUGCUCCAGGGCAUGGGCCUUGGGAACCGGCUGGGGUUUCUAGCCAUCAAUCACGCGCCGGCAUUGGUGGCUGCGACCCUGGGAGCCGGCACCGUGUUGCUGCGUCUCUCCGCGGCGAUGGGUGUGGGCCCUAUGGAGGUGGCGGAGCGACGGCGCCGCCGCGCCAGCGCUGGCCGCGGCCACCCUGAUGACGUCAUCAUCAACGACGGAGAGGAGUACGACGGAGCCGCAGCCGCUGCGACUUCCGCGGCACCGGUGUCCUCGCCACCGUACGGACCUGAUGGGAGGUCGGCGGCGGGGGAGGUGACGGCGCCGCCGCCGGCAGCGGCUGCUGGGACCCGUGAUGGCAGUGGCGGCGGCGGCGGCGGUCGCCGCGCCGCCGCAGGAGCUGGGCUUUCCGCCGCCGUCAAUUCGAUGUUGCUGUAUGCUGGGGGCUUCUCCGCCGCGGAUAGGGCAGCGGUAACUCGCGCGAUGGCUCAGCGGCCCGAGCUCGCCAAGCUCAUGUCCCGCUCGUUCGUGGAGGCGGCUGCUCAGGGACUGGGAGGGCUCUGGGAGGACAUGAAGCUGACUUCCGAGCCGUGGAACCUGCCCCUGGAGCGAAUCACGGUGCCUACUUUCAUAUGGCAGGGCGACCAGGACCUUAAUGUUACGGUGGGCAUGGCCAGAUACCUGCACGCCGCAAUACCCGGGUCGCGGGGAACCCCCGGUGGCGGUAGGGGUGGCGGUUUGCGUAUCGUGGAGGGCGCUGGACACCUUUCCCUGGGAUUGCAGCAUGGGGGGGAGGUGCUGCAGGAACUGACGAAGGAGCUGUCGGGGAGGGGGUGAACGCCGAGGAGGAAGGGGACGUGGGUUAUAGGCGCGCUUGGGCGGCGGAAAUGGGAGAAGGUAAAAUCCUUGGGUUGUUAAGGAUGGGAUGAGGGUGAGGGCGAGAGCAAGAGAGGGAGCGGGGGCGGGGGAACCAGCUCGAGGACGAGGGUGCAGGGGGUUGCGGGUGUCGCGAGUGCAGGUGAACAGAGCGAGUGGGCGUCGAAGGCAACUGUUUGGGCAGGUGCUAGGAGAGGAGUCCGGAGGGUGCGAGGUAGGCUGUAGGUGACUCGUGUGUGAAAAUGUGCAUCUUUGUGUAUCUUUCCAUGACGGACGGGAUGCGGGGGGAUGUUAAGGCGGGUCGCUGUCGGGCGGGACCUAUUCCCCGCUGCGUAACGCGCCGUAGACGUCAGCUGAAGUAAGCGCGGGUUAGGAAUUGUG